UGCCGGCGACCCUGCACCCGACUCUGCUGCUUUUCGCUGCGUGACCGCUCUGCCGCUCGCAAAGGAUGAGACUUCUGUGGUGUGUGAUGAGUCUCUGUUUCUGUGGGAUCCUGCAAAGUGAUGCCUCGGAACGGUGCGAUGACUGGGGACUGGAUACCAUGCGGCAAAUCCAAGUUUAUGAAGAUGAGCCAGCCCGCAUCAAGUGCCCACUUUUUGAACACUUCUUGAAAUUUAACUACAGCACAGCUCAUUCAGCUGGCCUUACGUUAAUCUGGUAUUGGACUAGGCAGGACCGGGACCUUGAGGAGCCAAUUAACUUCCGCCUUCCCGAGAACCGCAUUAGUAAGGAGAAAGAUGUGCUCUGGUUCCGGCCCACUCUUCUCAAUGACACAGGAAACUAUACCUGCAUGCUAAGGAACACAACGUAUUGCAGCAAAGUUGCAUUUCCCCUGGAAGUUGUUCAAAAAGACAGCUGCUUCAAUUCCCCCAUGAAACUCCCUGUGCAUAGAUUGUAUAUAGAAUAUGGUAUUCAGAAGAUCACUUGUCCAGAUGUAGACGGAUAUUUCCCUUCCAGUGUCCAACCCAUCGUCACUUGGUAUAUGGGUUGUUAUAAAAUACAAGAUUUUCAUAACGUUAUGCCAGAUGGCAUGAAAUUGAAUUUUGUCAUUGCUUUGGUUUCAAAUAAUGGCAAUUACACCUGUGUGGUUACAUAUCCUGAAAAUGGACGUACCUUUCAUCUCACCAGGACUCUUACUGUAAAGGUGGUAGGCUCUCCAAAAGAUGCAAUGCCUCCUCAGAUCCAUUCUCCCAAUGAGCGUGUGGUCUAUGAAAUAGAACCAGGAGAGGAGUUACUCAUCCCCUGUAAAGUCUACUUUACUUUUCUAAAGGACUCACGCAAUGAAGUUUGGUGGACCAUCGAUGGAAAAAAGCCUGAUGACGUCAGUCUUGAUGUAACCAUUAAUGAAAGUAUAAUUUAUACCAAAACAGAAGAUGAAACAAGAACUCAGAUUUUAAGCAUCAAGAAAGUUACAGCAGAGGAUUUCAAGCGCAACUAUGUCUGUCAUGCUAGAAAUGCUAAAGGGGAAGUUGACAAAGCAGCCAAGGUGAAACAGAAAGUGGUAGCUCCAAAAUACACAGUGGAGCUGGCAUGCGGCUUUGGAGCCACAGUCCUACUGGUGGUGAUUCUCAUUGUUGUUUACCAUGUUUACUGGCUGGAGAUGGUCCUGUUUUACCGAGCCCAUUUUGGAACAGAUGAAACAAUUAUGGAUGGGAAGGAGUAUGAUAUUUAUGUGUCCUAUGCAAGGAAUGCUGAAGAAGAGGAAUUUGUUUUACUGACCCUCCGUGGAGUUUUAGAGAACGAAUUCGGAUACAAGCUGUGCAUCUUUGACAGAGACAGUCUUCCUGGGGGAAAUACAGUGGAAGCAGUUUUUGAUUUCAUUCAGAGAAGUCGAAGGAUGAUUGUUGUGCUGAGUCCAGACUAUGUGACAGAGAAGAGCAUCAGCAUGCUGGAGUUUAAACUAGGUGUCAUGUGCCAGAACUCCAUUGCCACAAAGCUCAUUGUGGUUGAGUAUCGCCCCCUUGAGCAUCCACACCCAGGCAUCCUGCAGCUGAAGGACUCUGUGUCUUUCGUGAGCUGGAAAGGGGAAAAGUCCAAACACUCUGGCUCUAAAUUCUGGAAAGCCUUGCGGUUGGCCCUUCCCCUCAGAAGCCUGAGUGCCAGUUCUGGCUGGAAUGAGAGCUGCUCUUCCCAGUCUGACAUCAGUGUGGAUCACAUUCAAAGAAGGAGAAGUCGUUUAAAAGAGCCCCCAGAGCCACAGAGCUCAGAGAGGACUGCCAGCGUUGCUCCCGCCACAGGCACAGUGUCCAAGCACCGAGGGAAGCCCUCUGCAGCCUGUCGCUGCUGUGUCACCUACUGUGAAGGAGAGAGUCACCUUAAGAGCAAGAGCCGGGCAGAGAUUCAGACCCAGCCCCAGUGGGAAACACACCUCUGUAAGCCUGUUCCCCAAGAGUCAGAAACUCAAUGGAUACAAAAUGGCACCAGAUUGGAACCCCCUGUUCCCCAGAUCUCAGCCCUUGCUCUUCAUCAUUUCACGGAUUUAUCCAAUAAUAAUGACUUUUAUAUCCUAUAAUGACUGAUGUGUGGUGGGUGGUGGCUGCUCUUUCGACCAACCCUCUUUGUGUCAUGAGUUUAUGGGAAUAACUGACGUUUUUAUUGUCUAAUGGACUAUCAGCUUUGUGUCCCUUAUAUUGAUUUUAAAAACUAUUUAUUUCUAGGAGUCAAAAGACCUGAAGCACCUGAGUCCAGAGUUUUUGCCUCUAAUGG